GGGAGGGACACGGGGUCCUGGGUGCCUCCCGCGCAGGGCAAGCAACGGAGCCCUGCGGUCCCUCCGUCCGCCGCUCCACGUGGUCAGGAUCAACAGUUUGCAGAGCUCAUCAGUGACACCUUGAACUUUUCAUAAAGAAAAUGGGUAUUGCACUGGGAGGGUUCGGCCUUGGCCGCCGCGCGGGUCGUACUUAAUAUUCAAUGAUCUCACUCACGCCUCCCACCUCCUCCCCUCACAGAAAUUCCACCGACUCCGUUACUGGGCUCAGACUUAUAAGUUAAUUCGCUGCCCCCCACCCCAACCUUGGCUAGUAACCAGUGCCUUGAGGGCUAGCGUCCCCCCUCGCCAGUCCCCCCCAGCUCCCGCCUGAAAAUGACAUUUCGCCGGCGUCUCCGGAGGGGGCUGAAUUUCACUUUGUAACUUUCUGCGGAACCCGAGCCCGGGUGGCAGCUCGGGUGGUGGUAUCGUAUGCAAAUACGCAUGCUGACGUUACAGAUCAUGUGGGUUUUGGCGUAGAUUCCCCACUGAUCGAGACAUUUUUUUUUUCCUCUUUUUUUUUUCCUCCCUUCUUUUUUUUUUUUUCUUUUUUUUCUUUUUUAAAUUUUGGCCACUGUCGUCCGUACGGGGGCUUUUUCUGUCUGUCUGUCCGGCGGGCGGGCUUUCUCCCUCUUUCCCACGGAGCCCGAGCCGGGAGCCCGGUGGGGAGUGGGGAGUGGGUGGGGGCAGCCAGCAGAGUUCCAUUUUGGAACGCCCGUGCCGCGUCUCCGCGUUCCCAGCCCCGGCGCAGGUCUCGAAGCACUGACUGCUCUCGGAUUGACCGUGUCAAGAAUUCCCAGGAUGUGAGCCGUACGGGACUGAUAUGAUGCAGCCUUCCGUGUUUAGCCAUUGGAGCACUUACAAUUUUCUGUGCUGAGAUCAUUCUGGAAACUUAAACACUAAACUUCAGCAUCGAAGGGAAGCCAAAGCCAUCGGAGGGGGAAUAAAGCCAAAAGCCUUUCUUUGACCUUAUUUCUUCCAAAAAUUUCACCGCCCCUUCUCUACGCGCCCCCCUCACCCCCUCCAAAAAAAAAUCAUAGUAAUAAGCCAUCGCACACACAGACAGGCAGCAUGGCGAGCAAACGGAAGUCUACAACCCCGUGCAUGGUUCGGACAUCGCAAGUCCUGGAACAGGAUGUGCCCGAGGAAGGAGAUAGGGCCAAAGAGAAAGGGACCGGCACGCCACAGCCUGAAAUGGCCAAGGACAGUUGGGCAGCGGAACCUGAAAACUCUUCCAAAGAAAAUGAAGUGAUAGAGGUGAAAUCAUCGACGGGCGAGACCCCAUCCAAAAAGCUCCAAGGCGGUUACGAGUGCAAAUACUGCCCCUACUCCACGCAGAACCUGAAUGAGUUCACAGAGCACGUGGACGUGCAGCACCCCAACGUGAUUCUCAACCCCCUGUACGUGUGUGCCGAAUGUAACUUCACAACCAAAAAGUAUGACUCUUUGUCUGACCACAACUCCAAGUUCCAUCCCGGAGAGACCAACUUCAAGCUGAAGUUAAUCAAGCGCAAUAAUCAAACUGUCCUGGAGCAGUCCAUUGAAACCACCAACCACGUCGUGCCCAUCACCACCAGCGGCCCUGGUGGCGGUGGCGGUGACGGUGACCCUGGCAUCUCGGUGAGUAAAACUCCCAUCAUGAAGCCAGGGAAACCGAAAGCCGAUGCCAAGAAGGUGCCCAAGAAGCCUGAGGAGGCCACGCCCGAGAACCACGUGGAAGGGACUGCCCGCCUGGUGACGGAUGCAGCCGAGAUCCUCUCCAGACUCGGAGGCGUGGAGCUGCUCCAGGAGCUGGGGCAUGUCAUGCCUUCCGUCCAGCUCCCACCAAAUAUCAACCUUGUCCCCAAGGUCCCCGUCCCACUGAAUACUACCAAAUACAACUCUGCCCUGGACACCAAUGCCACCAUGAUCAAUUCCUUCAACAAGUUCCCUUACCCGACUCAGGCUGAGCUGUCCUGGUUGACAGCUGCUUCCAAACACCCAGAAGAGCACAUCAGGAUCUGGUUUGCCACCCAGCGCUUAAAGCAUGGCAUCAGCUGGUCGCCGGAAGAAGUGGAGGAGGCCCGGAAGAAGAUGUUUAAUGGCACCAUCCAGACAGUCCCCCCGACAAUCACUGUGCUGCCCGCCCAGCUGGCCCCCACAAAGAUGUCGCAGCCCAUCCUCCAGACAGCUCUCCCGUGCCAGAUCCUCGGCCAGACCAGCCUGGUCCUGACCCAGGUGACGAGCGGGUCGACCACUGUCUCUUGCUCCCCCAUCACGCUUGCCAUGGCCGGAGUGACCAACCACGGCCAGAAGAGACCUUUAGUAACUCCCCAAGCUGCCCCCGAGCCCAAGCGUCCACAUGUCACUCAGGUGCCAGAACCCCCACCCAAGGUGGCCACCCCUUCGCUGACCCCGUCCAGUGACCGCAAGAAGACAAAGGAGCAGAUAGCGCAUCUCAAGGCGAGCUUUCUUCAGAGCCAGUUUCCCGACGAUGCCGAGGUCUACCGACUCAUCGAGGUGACCGGCCUUGCCAGGAGCGAGAUCAAGAAGUGGUUCAGUGACCACCGGUAUCGAUGUCAAAGGGGCAUCGUCCACAUCACCAGCGAAUCCCUUGCCAAAGACCAGUUGGCCAUCGCAGCCUCCCGACACAGUCGCACGUACCACGCGUACCCAGACUUUGCCCCACAGAAGUUCAAAGAGAAAACACAAGGUCAGAUUAAAAUCCUGGAAGACAGCUUUCUGAAGAGCUCUUUUCCGACCCAAGCAGAACUGGAUCGGCUAAGGGUGGAGACCAAGCUGAGCAGGAGGGAGAUCGACUCCUGGUUCUCGGAGAGGCGGAAGCUUCGGGACAGCAUGGAACAGGCCGUCUUGGAUUCCAUGGGGUCUGGCAAAAAAGGCCGAGACGUGGUGGCCCCCAACGGUGCUCUGUCUCGACUUGACCAGCUCUCUGGCGCCCAGCUAGUCAGUUCUCUGCCCAGCCCUUCACCAGCAAUCACAAAAAGUCAAGAACAGGUUCAUCUCCUGAGGAGCACGUUUGCAAGAACCCAGUGGCCUACGCCCCAAGAGUAUGACCAGUUAGCAGCGAAGACCGGCCUGGUCCGAACUGAAAUUGUGCGUUGGUUCAAGGAGAACAGAUGCUUGCUAAAAACUGGGACCUUGAAGUGGAUGGAGCAGUAUCAGCAGCAGCACGUAGCGGAGGACCACGGCUACGACUCCGUGUCGAGGAAAGCAGCUAAGGCCGUCGUCACCGAGAGCCCAAAGAACGGGAGUGGGGUGGGCCAGCAAUAUUACAAGGACCCCAAAAAGCUCUGUGAAGAGGACUUGGGGAAAGUGGUACCCAGGGUAAAAGCGGGAAGCGAGCAAGCAAAGGACGGUUUGCCGGCAAAGCCCUCAGAGGCCGCCUCGGACAGGUCAGAGGGGAGCAGCCGGGAUGGCCAGGGCAGCGACGAAAACGAGGAGUCAGGCGUUGUGGAUUGGGUGGAGGUGACGGUCGGCGAGGAGGACGCCAUCUCAGACAGGUCGGACAGCUGGAGUCAGACGGCGGCCGAAGGCACAGCAGAGCUGGCCGACUCGGACUCCGACAGCGCCCCCGCCCCCGCCGAGGCUGGCCGGGCCUAGACAGGAGGAAGUGGUAAUGUGUCGUUGGUGAGGAUGCAGCCCAGACGGUGGGGGGCUCGUGACGGGAAGAGGCUACAGGCCGCUGGAGUCACCAGUAGCACCAGCUACUCACGUCCAUCUCGCGACCUCAGUCUUGCCCUCCGUCUGUUCAUUUUCCUGCUUCUUACGAACCUUCGUCAGUCCAACCACAAUCUCCCUCGUUGAAAUGAAGGAGCAAUUGUUUUUGUCCAGUCAGAAUCUACCUGAAAGCUCCUAGCUUUCCCCAUCUUCUGUCCUUGAUCUUUUCUGAUAUAUGACAUAAGCGCACGUGAUUACUUUUUCCUCCAACCACUGAGUAGACAGUACGUUCAAUUCAAUUCGACAGACAUGUUCUGUAUACCCACUGUGUGCCUGUCCCUGUGCCAGGCACUGGAGAUAAUGGGAUGAAGAAGAUGGGUGGCAGAGUCUUUCUUUGGGCCAACGAGUGGGGAAAUUGCUGUCCCCUUUACUAGCCAGGGCAAUCCGUGGUAUGAGGGAGACAUACACAUCUGCAUGUGGCAGCAUACAGGAGGGGCCCCCGGGCUGGGGAUCAGGGAAGGCUUCCUGGAGGAAGGGACAUCUGAUUCAGGGGCUAGCUGAUGGGAAGGAGUUAGCCAAGUACACAGACCAGUUAGAGAGUAGUUCGAGUGGAAGAAACAGACGAGGCGAAGGUCUGGAAACAAGAAAAGGAAUGGUGCUGUUGAGAAGUCAAGUUUGGAGAUCGGUAAACGAUGAGAAGAGGCAAAGGAACAAACGAAAGAAAACCCCGUGGUUUCCCACAGCAGGCAAAAGCUGCUCUGAACCAGUGGUGUUUGCCGAGUCUGGCUCUGAGGACGCUGGGUCCCUGCAUCCCAGAGUGAGCUUGGAUGCCCGUCACCCAGUGGGAGGUGGUGCAGGGGCGGGAGCUCCCCAAAGGCUCCCGAGGCCACCUGUCCCCACCUCUUCUCUCCCAUUUGUACCACCACCAACAGUUGAAAAUGCCCAUCUGGGCUGGCUGCCCCUGUGCCUGACCCCCGCCCCUGGCCCAAGGGAAACGGAAGGGGAAGCGGUGCCAAAACCACAACGAGAAGCUUUGGGAAGGACAGAGGGAGGCCGCAGGGCAGGGCAGGGCCUCCCGAGUAGCAAGGGCUGAGCUCGGUGCUCUGGCCACGGAUGGUCUUAGUGGCUCUGACAGGUAAGUUAUCCGUGUUUUUAUAAACCCAGAACUGAGAUUCAGAAACCAAGGAACUUCGCACAUUCCCCCAGGCUCACCUCGGCUCUGAGGUUAAACGCACAGAUCAGGAAUCCUUCUCAAGCCUGAAAUCGUGUUGUCUUGGUUCAGUCUCCGGGUGCAGACAAUUACUGAGCCUUCCACUGAGAGACUUGUAAAAGGGCUGAGAAAUAAAUAUCUCCUUUUCUGCAAAGGAGUCAGAAUACUUGAGCGAGACGUCGUUAGACAUAUGCCUUGAUGCCUGGCCAGGCGGAACAAACAGUGCGGCCCACUGCCACGAAGGAUUUCUGCUCGUUCGCAUGCGCCACGCGCUUAGCGCAUCCUUCCGCGCACGUCUAGGACGUCAUUUAAACUUCACGACAGCCCUCUGAGGUCGGAGUGGCUCUUUCUCCCAUUUUACAGAAGGCAAAACUGAGACUUCGAGAGACUCGUCCUGGGUUCCUCGGCCAGCAGCUGCUGGAGCCUGGAGGCCACCUCUCGCCUGUCAGGCCAGUGCCCGACCACUGCCUCCGACAGUGACACCACAGAGCCAAACCAACAGGACGUGGUCAUUUCUUACCUCUGUGUGCGUGGAGACUAAUACACAACUAUUCCUUCCCCGCUUUGCUGCCUCCUGAUUUCUUACAAUUUCCAUCUCCUGAUAAUUAGGGAUGGCUUUGCGGAUGAGGAAAAUUUUGUGACAUCUCAGGAAAAAAAAAAUUUCCAUAGUUUAGCUUGCUUAAAAUACUCAAGGCUGACAAGUGUUGCACCCUGGCUGUAAUUUAGGAUCCAGGAAAUGUAUGCCCCCCAUAAUCUGUUCAGAUUAGCUGUCCAAACACAGAUAUUUGGAUGGAUGGAUGGAUGGAUGGAUGGAUGGAUGGAUGGAUGGAUGGAUGGAUGGGAUGGAUGGAUGGAUGGGAUGGAUGGAUGGAGGGAUGGAUGGAUGGAAAUGUUGUAAUUAUCUGUGUCCCUGUCUCUCCACCAGACCCUGGAAGGCGGGGACCAUAUCCCAUUGAUCUCUGAAUCCCAGUGCCUGACUUAGAACAGAUGCUCAAUAACAAUUUAUCAAACACA